AUGACGACACCCAGAAAUUCAAUGAGUGGAGCUUUCCCAGCAGAUCCUAUGAAAGGCCCUAUUGCCAUGCAACCUGUUAAAAAAAUCAUUCCCAGGAAGGUAUCUCCUGUGGUUGGCCCCACACAAAGCUUCUUCAUGAGGGAAUCCAAGGCUUUGGGGGCUGUCCAGAUUAUGAAUGGGCUCUUCCACAUUGCUCUUGGUGGUCUCCUGAUAAUCCACCUGGAGGUCUAUGUACCUAUCUGUGUAACUGUGUGGUACCCUCUCUGGGGAGGCAUUAUGUACAUCAUUUCUGGAUCACUCCUGGCAGCAGCCAAGACAAACUCCAGGAAAAGUUUGGUCAAAGGGAAAAUGAUAAUGAACUCAAUGAGCCUCUUUGCUGCCAUUUCUGGGAUAAUUCUUUUGAUCAUGGACAUAUUUAAUAUUACAAUUUCCCAUUUUUUUAAAGUGGAGAGUCUGAACUUUAUUAAGGCUUCUGUGCCAUAUAUUAACAUACACAGCUGUGAACCAGCUAACCCCACUGACAAAACCUCUUUAUAUGUACAAUACUGUUACAGAGUUCGAUCCAUGUUCUUGAGCCUUUUCGCAGUGAUGCUGAUCUUUGCCUUCUUCCAGAAACUUGUGACAGCUGGCACUGUUGAGAAUGAAUGGAAAAAACUUUGCUCCAGACCCAAAGCUGUAAUUCUUCUCCUGUCAGCUGAAGAAAAAAAAGAAAAGGCAAUUGAAAUAAAAGAAGAUGUGGUAGAGUUGACUGAAAUAUCUGCCCAACCAAAAAAUGAAGAAGACAUUGAAAUUAUUCCAGUCCAAGAAGAAGAAGAAGAAACAGAAGUAAACUUUCCAGAACCUCCCCAAGACCAGGAAUCCUCACCAAUAGAAGAUGAUAGUGUCCCUUAAACUUUUUUUCUUUUUUAGUUUUCUGUUUCCUUUUUCUAAGCAUUAGUGUUCAUAGCUUCCAAGAGAUAUAUUUCCCCCCAUUUCUUG